AUGGCACCACAAUCAGAAGAACCCAACACCUUUGAUGUUAUCAUCAUCGGCGCUGGCAUCUCCGGCAUCAACGCCGCCUACCGUCUCCAAACAGAAGGUCCCUCAGACUUGACCUACGCCAUCCUCGAAGGCCGCGACUCCAUCGGCGGUACAUGGGAUCUCUUCAAGUAUCCCGGCAUUCGAUCCGACUCUGAUAUCUUCACCUUUGGCUUCCCAUGGAGUCCCUGGAAGCAUGACCAGUCGCUAGCACCAGGUGACAAGAUCAAGGACUACAUGAUCGAGUCGGCACGCUCGACUGGUAUCGACCACCAUAUUUGCUACAAGCACUCCGUUUCAGAAGCCAACUGGUCUUCUAAGGAGAGGCGAUGGCAGCUUCAGGUUACGCGACCUGGUGAUGAGAAGCCUGUUACCUUCCGCAGCCGAUUUCUACUCCUCGGUACUGGCUACUAUGAUUACCAGACCCCUCUUCAGACUGUGAUUCCUGGAAUUGAGAAGUUCAAGGGCAAGGUCAUCCACCCUCAAUUCUGGCCCGAGGACUACGAUUACACCAACAAGGAGGUCGUCAUCAUUGGCAGUGGAGCUACAGCCGUCACGAUCCUUCCAUCCAUGUCCGACAAAGCCAAGCGUGUGACCAUGUUGCAGAGAAGUCCAGGCUACAUCUUCCCUCUCCCAUCAAGCAGCUUCUUCACACGUCUGCUCUUGACUGUUUUCCCCGCCAGCAUCGCUCUAUUCCUCAACAGACUCCUCUGGCUGGUCCGAAGCUAUCUUACCAACGUGUUUUGCAAGUCGUGCCCAGGUCUGGCCAAGAAGCUCAUCAAGUAUGUCACCAUCAAGAAUCUUCCUCCCGAUGUCAGCUGGGACCCUCACUUCAAGCCUCGAUAUAACCCCUGGGAGCAACGAUUCUGCGCCAGUCAGGACGGUGAUUUCUUCGCGGCUAUUCGCUCGGGUAAAGCAAAUGUCGUGACGGAUAAGAUCAAGACUAUCACCGAGAAGAGUAUUGAGCUUGAGUCUGGAGCUUCAUUACAUCCCGACCUCAUCGUCACAGCAACUGGUCUGAAGGUUCGUUUCGGUGGAGGUAUCAAGUUCAGCGUCGACGACGUUCCCUUCAACGUUGCCGACAAGUUCGCAUGGAAGACCGUGAUGCUCCAGGAUGUACCAAACCUGCUUUUCAUGUUCGGCUACGAGAAUGCAUCGUGGACACUUGGUGCCGAUGUCAGCGCGAGACUGUUUGUGCGCAUUCUGAAGAAGAUGACACAGAGCAAGACUAGCGUUGUGGUCCCACGUCUUUCUUCCUCAAGUGGUAUGCCAGUGAAGCCAAUGAUGAGCCUGUCAUCGACAUAUCUCAAGACUGCUAGCUCUGUGUUCCCCAAGGGCGGCACGGGUUUGUGGAGUCCCAAGUCGAAUUACUUUGCGGAUAUGGCUGGCGCGAGAUGGGGAGAUAUCUCUACGGGGUUGGAGUACCUGUGA